AUGCAGAGGAGGAUGCGAAGUGCCCUCUGCAUCAACACUAGGCUGCAACUGCUGCCAGCUGCUGUGGAUAGGCCUUAUGGGGGCAGAGUGUGUUGGGUGAUAGAGAUGGCAGGCAUGGCUUGCUCAAGCUUAAAUCCACUCAGCAGCCCCAUACUUAUCUGCAAGCCUCGGGUUCGUGCGUUGGGUCCAGUGGUCCCAUGCAAGACGUUCAUGGAGCCUUACAGGGGCUACUCAAGCGUUUUUAAGGACAUAGGCAGCACGCUGUCCAGAGAGUUGAAGCUCACCUCUGCACCAAGCCAGCUCGGUUACGAUGCGCUUCAUCCAAUGACCGAAGCCAGGGCCAAGAAGAGCGUCAACGAGAGUACAGGCAUUGAGUACCUUUUGGAGCUGGAGGUCCGUGCUCCAGAAUCCAAUGAUGCAGCCUUCAGGACCCUCGUCCACGCCCGUCCAGGCAGCUCCAUCCCCGACAUGACGAUCGCCGCCUUCCUCCAGCCCGGGCUGAGCGCAAGGCUCUCUCUGGAGAUGACCCCAGAAGUUGGGGACGCUCCGGCAGCACUUGCACGCUUCUUUGACCAAGCAGAUAAGCUAGCCAUCCUCAACCCACAGGCCGUCCAGCAGAACAUCAGGAAGGGCCGGGUCGGGUUCCAGACAGCCUCUCCCCUGCAGGACCUGCCCACCUUCGAGAAGCUAGCCUGGAGCUUUGUCAAGGAGUGGCUGGUAGUGUCAAGAGGUGGUAGAAAAAUAAGGUAG